UUCAAAACCACAUAACCUCAAAAUCAUCAUGAACAUUUUUAAUCGAAUUUAAAUUAGAACUAUGUGAAGUAAUAAUCUCCAAAAAUAUUCUAUAAUGGCUUCGAGACACGUCGCCACCGCCACCGUGAGGGCGGUAAAACGCAAACUGCUGCCCACUCGGGCAGCCUUGUACUUGACACCCACAGCGGUCAGUAAAAUAAAGGAAAUACUCAAAGAGAAGGAGCAAUACGCAGGGCUGAAAAUCGGGGUGCGCCAAAGGGGCUGCAACGGCUUAUCAUACACUUUAGACUACGCCGAGAAGAAGGAAAAACUGGACGAAGAAGUGGUGCAAGAUGGUGUUAGAGUAUUUAUAGAUAAGAAGGCGCAAUUGACGCUUCUAGGUACAGAAAUGGACUUCGUGGAAAAUAAACUCAGUGCCGAAUUCGUUUUCAAUAAUCCCAAUAUAAAAGGAACUUGCGGAUGUGGUGAAUCGUUUAGCGUGUAAAUAAACAAUCAUGUAGUCAAUGUAUAGUGUAAAUUCGUCUCUUGUUAAAUAAAUUGUUCCAUA